AUGUAAAAUUUACAGAAAGUAUUAUUAAUAAAAAUUCUUUAGAUUAUUUAAUGUGUUUAAAUACCAUUUUUAAAUAUGGGGAAAACUAUUCAACAUAUCAUAUAGAAAUUCUUAAUAUCAACGAAUAAGUAAUCUUAAAUAAAACAAUAAGCAGCAAUUUAAUACUUAUAAAUUAUCAUUUUAAGUUAUGACUCAAAAUAAUAUUUGAAAUUUUUAUUAAUCUAGGAUUUGUUUUAGUUUACAUUUUUUUUCUUUUAUUAAAUAAGCUUUUAUUUAAUUUUAAUUUGCAUUUUUUUUUUAAGCAUAAGAGGAAUGUGAUGAUGGCAAUUAUUAAAUUGGUGAUGAUUGUUUGAAAUGUGAAAUCGAAUAAAAUUAGGUUUGUAACUCAGUAAUAAAGAUUCUUAUAGCUAAUAUAUAUUGCAAAAGCUCCUCACUUAAUACUUAAUUACCCCAGUAUGACUCAAAAUAAAUAGUACAUAAGCAUAAGAUUAAGCGUAUAGGUAAAGUCAAUACUACUAAGCUUCCUUAAAAUACUAUUUCAUUUAAAUUAAUUAAUAUAGACAAUUAAAAUUGUAGAAGCAGCUUUUAAAUUAAACAAGAUGUAGGAUCUAAUCUGACUUUUGGAGAGAAUGUUUUAGAGAUGGAAGUGCUUGAUUUUAGACCUACCUCGUAAGGCUAAUUAAAUAAAUCAGUUACUGCUGUCUUAGAAGAUUCUACAAAAAAUAUCUAACAUUAGGUUUCAAAAAUAUUUAAAUGA